AUGUACACCCCCGAGACCCUAUCAAGUUCUCUUUCCACUAAAUUCGACUAUGUGGUUGUCGGCGGCGGCACGACCGGUCUACUCGUCGCCGCUCGGUUGACAGAGAACCCCGAUAUCCAAGUCGCAGUUCUCGAGGCGGGCGGUUCAAAAGCCGAGGACCCAAACGUCGAUCGGCCCGAGCGAUCAGCAAAUACACUACAUAAUCCAGAGUACGACUGGACUUUUCGUUCGACUCCUCAGACUGGGAACAACGACAGAGUCCACCAUGUGCCACGCGGUAGGAUGCUGGGCGGAUCAAGUGGAAUCAAUUUCAUGGCCUAUAUUAGGCCUGCGGCGGAGGACAUUGACCUUUGGGAGAAAAUGGGAAACAAGGGGUGGUCGUGGGGUGAACUCAUGCCGUAUUAUCUGAAAAGCGAGAGGUUCUAUGGGACGGACGAUAAGGGCGGAUGCCCAGAAGGAAGUGUCUGCGAAAAGCCUGUCUGCUCGCAUGGUGGCUCUGGACCUAUUGUAACCUCAUUCCCACCGGGAAAGCCCUCAAUCGAGGUUCGCAUGGUUGCUGCGUUCGACGAAACGUCCGGAUCAUUGAGAGCAGAGGAUCCUUACGGUGGGAAGCCCCUGGGUCUAUACGAUCACGUAUCGACCAUUGAUCCUGAUACCGGCACCAGGAGCUACGCCGCAUCCGCUUUUCUCCGUCCACACGAAGGGUGGGAUAACUUGAAGGUAUUAUCUGAAGCUACAGUGUGCAAGAUUCUACAUGAUCAAGACACUGGAACCGCUACGGGGGUUGAGUUCCUUUAUCAGGGUACUCUGCACCGCAUAUUCCCAUCCGAAGAGAUUAUACUCGCCGCGGGCUCGAUCCAAACUCCUCAAAUCUUGGAGCUAUCGGGAAUUGGCGACCCCAAGGUCUUGCAAGCUGCCGGCAUACCCUGCACAAAAGCAAUCCCCGACGUGGGAAACAACCUUUGCGAGCACCCUAUGACAUCUCUCACCUACGCGCUCAACGAGGAGCCGUCUACCCACAGCGGUGUCAGCAUGAUUGCCUUUCUCCCGUACCGCAGCCUCGUGUCAAACGGUGAAUUGGAAGAGAUGGUGGCACAAGUCGAACGAGUCGCAUCACUGUCCGAAAUAGAGCGACAAGCCAUCGUUUCACGACUGCGGGAUCCUAAGUCCGGUGCCGUGCAGUUCAACGGGACUUCGGCUUACGUUGAUGUCGAGAAAGGGUUCGCCGAUCGCAGCAAGCUAUUCCGUGACACGUCGGAUCAUGAGUACACGUACUAUACCUUUCUUGUCACAAUAGCCAGCACCCUCUCUAGAGGAAGCACGCAUAUUACGUCUUCGGAUCCGCAUACCGCACCGGCGAUCGACCUAGGUCUUCUAUGCGAAGAAGCAGAUGUCAGUCUACUUGCUGCUGGACUGGAAUUGGCCGACCGAGUAUUUUCUUCAGGUCAUGUCUCGGAGCGGGUUGUAAGCCGAGCAGUUCCUCCUACGAAUGUUGAUCUGCGAGAUAGAGACGGGGUUCGGCAUUUUGUGCGAGACUGGACUACGUCGUUCAAUCAUAUACUAGGGACGUGUGCCAUGGGUCGAGUGGUGGAUGAACGGCUGCGUGUCAAGGGGAUGUCUAGCUUGAGGAUCGUAGAUGCCAGUGUCAUACCUACUCAGAUUAGUGGGAAUGUACUGGCCACGGUAUAUGCAGUUGCUGAGAAGGCAGCAGACCUCAUUAAGGAGGAUCUUGACAAAGGUAAUGCAGCUUGA